AUGAUUCAGGAACAACCCCCACAGGACCCAGUAGCAGUAGCAGCAGCAGGAGCAGAGGAACAACAGCAGGACCUGUCAAGUAUUGAGGUCCGCAAGGUCAAACUCCAACAACCCCUCCAAGCCUCCAUCAUCUCCCCCGAGAAGCUCGAAUACGCCCAGGGCGUCAUCUCCAAGGACAAGGCCAUCAAACCCUUCUGGGUCAACAAGUACAAAAACGAGGCCGCCAAGAACUGGGACCGCUUCUACAAACGCAACGAGACCCGCUUCUACAAGGACCGUCACUGGAUCGAGCGCGAGUUCUCCAUCUUUGGUGAAAAGACGACCGCCGACGGCGAUAACGAGAGGACCAUCAAUUGUCUGGAGAUUGGUUGUGGUGUCGGGAACUUUAUCUUCCCAGUCCUGGAUCUCAACCAACGGUUGUUCAUGUACGCCUGCGAUUUCGCACCCCAUGCCAUCGAACUCGUCAAACAGCACGAGGACUAUCCCCAGGGCCGCUGCUCAGCAUUCGUCUGCGAUUUGACAAAGGACUCUCUGACGGACACCAUCCCCGCAGGAUCCCUCGACAUUGUCUCCUCGAUCUUUGUCCUCUCCGCCAUUCCCGCAGAGAAACUGGAAGCCGCCGUCCGGAAUAUCAAGGAGGUCAUCAAGCCCGGCGGGAUGAUCUGUUUCCGAGACUAUGCAGUCUACGAUGCGGCACAGGUCAAGUUCAGUUCCAACCCGGGUCAUAUGCUGGAUACCAAUUUGUAUGUCCGUCAGGAUGGAACCAUGUCGCAUUUCUUUUCGGUCGAACAAAUGACAGAGUUGUUUGAGAGGGAGGGGUUCAGGGUCGAGGAGUGUGGCUAUGUCCAUCGCGAGACUAUUAACAGGGCCAUGGAUUUGAGUCUUGACCGAAGGUUCCUCCAGGCAAAGUUCGUCAAGCUCUAG